UAUGUCAUUCUCCACACGGGGCUGAUCACCUAUCUCAUAUGUCUCUUCCUCUUUGAUUUCAACUUUGAUAUAAAUCUGGUCAUCAUCCUAAAAUACACAAAUAUCAGCACAUGGACACUAAAUAGGGAGCAUAAGUAUACAAGAUUAUACUCUCAUACCGUCUGGAGAUACUUUUUUCUACCUGAUCAUGGUGAAGGAUGGUGUGACCUUCCUGUGUGGAAUCCCGGGAAUACAGAGGACGGGGACAUCUCUCUGGCGGGUUCCCAUGACUGGAUCCAUCUACCUGAUGAUGGUGGGGGAUGGUGUGAUCUUCCUGUGUGGAAUCCCGGGAAUACAGAGGACGGGGACAUCUCUCUGGUCGGUUCC